CAAAUAAAGUGCUACGAGCGUAAUAUCAUCGCUAACAAUGCAUAAAUAAGGAAAGAAAUAUCCGACAACUUUUCAAACCAUGUUAUAUUAUAGUUGGAUCUCAGUUUUAUCAUGUACUUCUUUUGUAGUUUUACUCUUCAUAGCAUGUUCCAAUAAGAUAAAAAGGUUUGAUACAUUGAAAAUUAUUACCUCCAAUUUUGCGAAUAGAUAAGGAAAAAUUCGUCACCUUUUCCACAAUAUGUCAAAUAUUAGAUCAUCCAUAACUAAAGAUCAUGAAAAUAGUAUUAGUCAUAACCAAAGUUAUCAACAUGAUAAUGCAAGCACAACAUCACUAGACUCGGAGUCUAAUCUUAAUGUUGAAUCUCAUCAUCCAACUUAUAGUCAUGAAGUUCCCUUGGAGUUAACUAGUGUAUCUGAAUUAGCAGCCACACGUCAACUUUCAAAAAUCCAAUCAAGAAGAUCAAGUAUUGUUUCGAAAGUAGUUAGUAAUAGAAAUAAUGUUGUGGAUGCUUCGGGUGAAGAAGAAGAAGGAGAAGAGGUUGAUAAUGAUUUAGAAGCGGCCUUAACAAAAGUUCAAAGUAUAUCAAAGGAUGAAAGAUUUAAUCGAUUUUCUCAUAGAACAAAAGUCAUUUGUGUUAUCAUAGCUUCAAUGUCAGGAUUCUUAUCUCCUCUAUCAAGUUUAGCAUUCUUACCUGCUGUUCCUGAAAUUGCUGAUAGAUUCAAUACUACAGGGGAAAUCAUUAAUGUUUCAAGUGCUGUUUAUUGUGUUUUUAUGUCAAUUUCUCCAACCAUAUUUUCUCCAUGUUCUGAUAUUUAUGGUAGAAGAAAUACAUUCUUAGUAUGUACAUUCAUGUUUAUUGUUUGUACUGCUUUAGUGGCAGUAUCACAGAAUUUAGCCAUGUUUUUCGUAUUCAGAUCACUUACUGCAUUAUUUGGUACUUCAUUUUUCAGUAUAGGUGCUCAUAUCAUAGGUGAUUUAUAUAUUCCAGUGGAAAGAGCCACAUAUAUGGCUUGGAUUGUAUCAGGAGGUCAAAUCGGAACUUCUUUAGGUUCUGUUGGUGGUGGUAUCAUCGUCACAUAUACUAGUUGGAGAGUUAUUUUUUGGGUUUUAUGUGGUAUCGGUGCUGGUAUGUUCUUAUUGGCCUUUUUUUAUUUACCAGAAACAUGUUAUGAAACUAAACAUUCAGUAAUAUUAAAAGAAAUCCAAAAGGAUGAUCCAAAAAGGAAGUUUGUGUUUAUUCCUUUUAACCCCCUUAAGAUUAUUGCUGUUUUAAAAUAUCCCAAUUUAUCGAUUGAUGGUUUUAUUACCAUUGCUUUAGUAUUCAACAUGUAUAAUUUAUUAACUCCAAUUAGAUACGUAGUGGAUCCUAGAUUUGGUUUAACAAAACCAAUCUUCAGUGGAUUAUUCUAUUUGGCACCGGGAUUAGGAUACUUAUUAGGAAGUUUUUUUGGUGGAAGAUGGGCAGAUUAUGUCGUUAGACAAUACAUUAAAAAGAGAGGAAGAAGAGUACCGGAAGAUAGACUAAGACAAACAUUAAUACCAUUGGGUAUAAUUUAUCCAACUAGUAUUUUGAUUUAUGGUUGGUCAAUCGAAAAAGAAAAGGGUGGAAUGGCAGUUCCUAUCAUAUUUAUGUUUUUCAGUGGAAUUGCUCAAACUUGUGUAUUCCCAGCUUCAAAUACUUAUUGUGUUGAUAGUAUGCCGGAAUUAGGCGGAGAUGCUAUAGGUAGUAGUUAUUUCACGAGAUACAUUGCUGCUGCUGUUUCUUCGGCCACUUGUUUAAGAAGUAUUCAAAGUAUAGGUGUUGGUUGGACUUGUACCAUUGGUGCAUUCGUCCUUUGGCUUGGAUUACUUUGUGCAUUAGUACUUAUUUAUUUUGGAGAGAGAAUGAGAAUAAAAGCUUUGAUUAGAUAUGGGAAAAGAAGUCCUGAAGACUAUCCACCUCCAAAGAGUUAGCAUCAUUGUUUUUAGUAAUAUAGACUGGAUAAAUUUAUAAAGCAUAAUACAAAUAUAAUUUAAAUUACAGCGGAAACUACAACUUUGAAAUAUAAAUAAGAGGGAUAAAACAUGUAUACAAACUUUGGAAGAGACGUCCAAAGGUGAGAGGAG